AUGCUUUGUUUAUUCCAAUCAAGAUUACUUCCACACUCAUUAAAGUCCAUUGGGACGAUACCCAUUCGUUCUUUCACAGUUGGUAUAUCCCAAAGAAUAAGAACGAAACCCCUAGUUAUAUCUCGUAAUGUAAAUUCUAAUGGUUGGACUAAGAAAUGGAUAUUCACUACAGGUGCCGUAACUCUUUUCACUAUGGCAAAUUUCAAGCCAGAUAAUAGUACAAUCGAGAAUGAAACAGUUGUUAAAGAGGUAUCUUUCCCUAUUCCUAUUGAAGUUGUUGAGAACAAUUCAAAAGAAGAGAAAAAGUUACGUCGUAAAUCUUACUACAGACAACUAUGUCUGGGGUCAAUAUGUGGUAUAAUAGCGGGUUUAUUAUUUAUAAAGGUGUCUGUUGUUGCACUUUAUGUUGGUGUAUUUGGAGUUUUAGGACUGGAGUGGUUAAAGAGUAGAAAUUUAAUAACAAUAGACCAUAGUGAAAUGUUGAGACUUACGAGGCGUCAAUUAACCAGGGUACUUUUCCUUGGACGAGAUACUGUUACAGAUUUAAAUUUGUUUAAUUUAAGUUUCCUCACAGCUUCAGUUUUAACCUACUAUUAUAUCUAA